AAAAACAUUUGCUAUCUUACAUAUAAAAAAAAUAUGGAGAAAUUCCCUGCUUUGAUGAUUUGCUACCUUCUUUUUCAUCAGACCCUCGAAGUUGUUAAUGGCGGCAAGUGUUUCGGAAGCUUAGCCGGCAACCGCAGCUACGCUCAGAAUCGCCGUGAUCUCUUCUCUACUCUUGCUAAUAAAGUCGUCACAAACGGCGGAUUCUACAACGCUUCACUCGGCCAGUAUCCCAACAGAGUUUACGCUCUUGGCUUCUGCGAAAAAUAUUACGAGCAAAAAGCUUGUUUCAGUUGUCUCGAAAGCUCGAGUCUGGAUACACAAACGAGUUGUGGAGACAGCAUGAACUCAUUCGUUUGGAGCAGUGACGAUGAAGACCGUUUUUGGUGUCUUAUACGUUCCUCAAACCAAUCUUUUGGGAACUUGGAGCUUGUACCUCCUUCCAUAAAGCCAAAUCCAGAUCAUAUUGGGCCAUCUAUAGACAUGACCUCUUUCACGCAACAGUGGGAAUACACGGUUAAUAAGACCCUUGAAGCUGCAGUAAAAGCUGAUACUUCCUCGGUAUAUAAGUAUUAUAGUAUCGUAAAAGCCGAGUUCACAGAGUAUCCGCAUGUUUACAUGCUGAUGCAAUGCACACCCGACAUAACUUCCCAUGAUUGCAAACAAUGUUUGGGAGAUUGUGUGAAAUACUUUAGAGAACAGUUCCGGGGAAGAACAGGGGGCAUGGCUAGUUUUCCGAGCUGUUUAUUCAGGUGGGAUCUAUUGUCUUUCCAUGGUGCUAUUGGUAAUGUUACAAGAGUUCCUGCACUUAUUCGACCUCAGGCUCAGGAAAAGAGGAGCUCUGUACCAGAAAAGAAAGGAAGAUGCGUGCAUUGGGAAAUUAUCGGUUUGACCUUUGUCGUUCUUACUUUCACUAAUCUUUUGGUAUUUUUUGGUUUCUACAAAGUCAAUGCUCGUAGGAGAAAAUUAAGCAACGGAAUAAAUGUUGGUUGUGCAGAAUAUGCUGAUUCAGAUGGUCAAUUUAUAUUACCGUACAAUCUUGGUAUGAUCUUAUCGGCAACAGCUGACUUUUCGACUGAAAAUAAGCUUGGCCAAGGUGGAUUUGGUACGGUCUAUAAGGGGAUACUACUUAACGGGAAAGAAAUAGCGGUGAAGAGAUUAACCAGAGGUUCAGAAGGAGGUGUGGAGUUCAGGAAUGAGGUUUCACUCUUGAUAAGACUCCAGCAUAAGAAUCUGGUUAAGCUCUUUGGUUUCUGUAAUGAAAGAGAUGAAGAGAUUCUUGUAUACGAGUUUGUCCCCAACUCAAGUCUUGACCGCUUUAUCUUCGAUGAAGAGAAGCGUUCGCUGCUUACAUGGGAAGUGAGGUUCAAAAUUAUAGAAGGCAUUGCACGAGGUCUUGUUUAUCUCCAUGAAGAUUCUCAGCUGAAGAUUAUUCACCGAGACUUGAAAGCAAGCAACAUCCUUCUAGAUGCAGAGAUGAACCCAAAAGUUGCAGAUUUUGGGACAGCGAGACUUUUUGACACAAAUGAGACUCAAGCUGAAACAAAACGAAUAGCUGGAACUCGUGGAUAUAUGGCUCCUGAGUACCUGAAUCAUGGGCAAAUAUCAGCUAAAUCUGAUGUAUAUAGCUUCGGUGUUGUGCUUCUAGAGAUGAUAAGUGGUCGAAGAAAUAAUAGCUUUGUAGGAGAAGGAAUUGCAGCUUUUGCAUGGAAGAGAUGGGUUGAAGGAAGGCCUGAUAUCAUAAUUGAUCCUUUAUUGGUACAGAAGACGAGUAACGAGAUCAUUAAGUUGAUCCAGACUGGUUUGUUGUGUGUUCAACAGAAUGCAACAAAGAGACCAACCAUGAGCACUGUAAUAGUUUGGCUUGGCAGUGAGGCCAUCACCAUUCCUUCACCUAAGGCUCCUGCUUUCACAGUGAGUCAUUCCCAAUCUGAAGAUGGUACGACGUCAAUGAGCAAUGUCUUGACAGAGUUGAGUUGUCGUUGAGUUACAAAUUGUUAAUCUAUAUGUUAUUUUUAAGGUAGUACAAGAUGUUCUAAUUGUAUUGAAUGAGAGUAGCAAAAAGUAUGAAUA